AUGAGCAACGACUACGAGGCAUCAGUCACCCCCAGCUGGCUGACCUCUGACCCCACUGUCUGGUCCAGCAGCAGAGACGGAUUCACAGAUAACGCCACUUACCCACCUAUGGGCUCCUUCCCCCCACUGCCCCCUCUCCUGGUCAAUCCCUGGGACAUCUUGCUGUGCUCCUCAGGGACCCUCAUCGCCUGUGAAAACGCCCUGGUGGUACUGGUGAUCUGGCAGAACCCGGCUCUGCGUGCCCCCAUGUUCCUGCUGAUCGGCAGCCUGGCCCUGGCUGACCUCCUGGCUGGUCUGGGCCUGGUGCUCCACUUCACCUUGGCCUACCUGCUGAGGUCUGACUCGGCCCAGCUGCUGACUGUUGGUCUGGUGGUGGCCUCCUUCUCAGCCUCCGUCUUCAGCCUGCUGGCCAUCACCAUAGACCGUUACCUGUCACUCUACUACGCCCUGACCUACAACUCAGAGCGCACUGCCGCCUUCACCUACACCAUGCUGGUCCUCCUCUGGGGCCUGUCUCUCUGUCUGGGCCUACUUCCCGUCACAGGGGUGAACUGCCUGGCAGAGGAGUCGACGUGCAGCGUGGUGCGCCCCCUGACUAAGAACAACGUGGCGGUGCUGUCCGUAUCCUUCCUCCUGCUGUUCGGCCUCAUGCUGCAGCUGUAUGUGCAGAUCUGUAAGAUCGUCAUGCACCACGCCCACCAGAUCGCCUUGCAGCAUCACUUCCUGUCCGCCUCGCCCCACUACGUCACAACCAGGAAUGGCGUGUCCACGCUGGCCAUCAUCCUGGGGACGUUCGCCGCCUGCUGGAUGCCCUUCACCGUCUACUCACUGGUCGCCGACUACACGUACCCACCUCUCUACACCUACGCCACCCUGGUGCCCGCCACCUACAACUCAGUCAUCAACCCAGUGAUCUACGCCUUCAGGAACCAGGACAUCCAGAAGGCUCUGUGGCUGGUGUGUUGUGGCUGUAUACCGGCCAGGGUGGCCCACAGGGCCCGGACCCCCAGCCACGUCUGACCCAGACCCAGGUCCCGGGAGGGAAGGAGAGAGGUGCCCUGGGCAGAGGGAGGAAGGCAGACAGGCAGCCUGGGCUCAGGCAGGUGGCUGGAAAGGACGGUCUGCGUGCAUAGUCAUUUUAGCUGCUUUUACUGAUGUGGGCUUUUUUCCUCAAAGGAUUGAGAGAUUAUUAUUAGAUUAUUAAAGAU